CUGUACCUUCCAACCCUAACCGCUCAGCCCUCACGAAGCCCUUUCAAGAACCUUGCCCUCCGAUACGAUGGUCAAGAAGUCCUCCACCAGCGGCGUCGCGUCAUCCCCGCCGGCGGAGAAAUCACCGAACUAUGCAGAUAACCUCAAGGCCCUCAACCGGAUCCUCCUCGAUGAGAUGAUGAUGCGGCGGAAGCAAGUGAACGACCUCCACGCCCGCCUCGACCGCCUCUCCCUCGCUUCUGACCUCGAGCGCGGCGUUACCCGCCUCGUCAUCUCCUCCCGCCUCGCCGAGUUCGCCGCGGAGAUGGCGGCGGCGAAGGAGAAGGAGAAGGAGAACGACCUCUUGAUCUCGCGCUUGAAGUUGGAGACCGCCAUGGGCGAUGAUAAUUCGAUCAAGCAGGCUUUGAACGAGGCGAUCUUGGAUAGGAAUUCGGCCCUACUGAAACUCGAGGAGACGCAGCUUCAAGUUGUGAUGGCAGUGAGCACCGGUCGAGAGAUAAUCGCGAAGCUACGGUCGGAUCUUGAAGAACGGAAGGCUCAAAUCCUAGCCCUGGAAGCCGACAACGCUUCCAUGGUGGAGAGGAUUGGAUUGCAGUUGAUUAAAGGAGAGAAGGGUGAGAUCGAGAAAGAUUUGGAGCGUGCGAUCUUGGAGAGCGACGCGUGCAAAAGGGAUCUGAACGCGAUGCCGACGGCACUUCAGAAGACGGAUGGGUCUCAGGUUUCAAUUGAUGCUUUCGAUGAGAAUAUGGUGAAGAUGCAGCAUGACUUUGAGGAUAAAUCGAAAGGGUUUAUCCUCAGCAGUGACCAGUGCAAGAUGGAAGAGGUUCGGGAAGAGAGAGGUAUUCUUGAGACCGAGAUCGCUAAUCUUCAGGGAAGGGAGUCAGAGCUUCAGGCCACUGGGCAGGAAAAGAUAGCUUUGGAAGAGAAGUUGAGAUUAGCAGAGGAGCCUCUCAUGAAGAGCAGUGAGUCUUUGGGUUUUGUUACUGGAGAGAAGGAUUACCUCAAGAAGGCUCUGGAUCGUGCAAUCUUGGAGAGAGACUCAAACCAGAGGAAUGCUACGGUUACAGGGGAGGCAGAGAAGUUAACGAUGGAGAUUGACUCUUCUGGAAACGAGAAAAAGAUACUGCAGCUUGACAAUGAGGGGCAGAUAGGUGAUCAUGUAAAGGAGGUUGAUAGUACGGUGAACUCAUUGAAAAAGAUUAUAGAGGAGAAGGAUGCAAUCGACGGAUCGAGGGCCAUGGAGGAGGAUGAAAUGGCAGAUUGUCCAUGUUGUUUUUCUGCGCAUCAGGAUUUAUGCGGAGCCAACACCGAAAGCAACGCCCGGCUGCAAUCUCAGAACGACCCCAGAGGCCUAGAUCCUGACAAGGCGGAAGUCAAUGGCCCAAGAGGGCAGCUGGAGAAGGAUGAUGACCACGGUGAACUCCGGGAGAUGAAGGCGUUUCCUAAGAGCCUUAUGGCCGAGAACAAGGACUCGAAGAAGAAUCUUUAUUCACCGAGCGGACGAAGGCUGUCCCUGGAUGAAAGGUCCAGAGCUCUUACUGAGAAAUAUGAACUGGCUUACAAUCUGAUAAACGGUGUCAUGAAGCUCUCCUUUGCCAUUGAGGACUUGGAAGAAAAUGCUAAUCGCAAACGACAUGGCCUCGACUAUGAUUCGGAUGAGACUACUGAGAAUAUUUCAAGGGAAUUGGCGGUCUUCAAGAUGACUUUCAGGAGGAAGAUGGCGAUGAUCCAUAACAUGAGCCAGGAGCUCGAGCUCUUGCGCGAUGCCGUGGCCGAGGCUAAGAACAAGGGUGGAAUGCGGACUUGGCUUUACCCUGCUGCUGCUACUUUACUUGCUGCCAUUUCUUUGGCCUAUGCAGCCAAGCGCUGACGCCCGGUAUCGGGUUAUCGCCUUGCCGCCUCGUGUUCACAAGACAAUUGUCGUUGAAGGCUUCGAUGUGCUUUGUCAGUUCUUCGAGAACAACUUUUGUGGGAACUUUUUUGUUCCGUUACACAGGUACGGAAGCUUUUUUUUUUGGGGGCGGGGGG